UAUGAUGUGAUGAAGAAUCAACCGUGUAAUUGUUCAUGUUUUGUAUUACAGAAAUAUUUUAUUUCAAAUUAUUAAGAAUAAAAUUCUCUAUUACAUGAACAGAGCCCAGUGCAGAAUUAAUUAAGUACCUGUUAUCUAUUACUAGUCCCUAAGUAUGUGUCAGUUAUAGCUAACCCAGUAUAACCUCUCCUAAAUAAUGAGAAAUCUUGAGUUCUGUGUAUUAAUCUGUGCCUCAAAGCAAACUCACUUAUAUUUCAUGGUAUACGUACAUAACAACAGGAAGCAAAACUGUGGAGAAUUUGUGAAGGGGAGUUAAUCAACCUUAAUUAGCGUAUUACGUGUUAAAGCCGUGGAGAUGUACGUGUUGAAACCAAACGUUUCAUGUGAAAGAAAAAGAGAACUUGAAAAAGGAAAGUAACUUGACCAAUGCACACUGACCUGACAGGCAACAUAAUAAGCCGAAAAGUACGCUUUCUCAAGUAGCACUGAUUUAAGCGACAAUGAUUGACGUGAACUAAAAUUCCCGUUAUCAGAGCAAAGUUCAACACUAGGGUUUACCUGAGAGGAUAUUAAUAGAACUGUGUCACAGGCCAAAGUGUUUUCAAAGAUGGCUGCUUACAUACAAGUACUGGCUGCACUGCUCAUGAUCGUAGCUACUGGUAGUUAUGCAGAGAUUCUGGAAACCAAGCUCGGUAAAAUCCGUGGGAAAACAGAAACUGUGAACGGGAAGAAGAUAGACGUCUAUCUCGGCAUCCCGUAUGCUGAGCCACCCCUCGGAUAUUUACGCUUUCGCAAACCAGUCCCCAAGAAGCCGUGGACGCGCAUCUUAGAUGCUACCGAAUUUGGACCUUCAUGUAUGCAAGUCUUUUUUCCCGGAAUGGCAGACACGUUACCUCACAUAGAUAUGUCAGAAGACUGUCUCAGUCUAAAUGUGUACAUCCCUGAAUCAGAAAAUAAGGUCCCCAAAGCGGUGAUGGUUUGGAUACACGGGGGUGGGUACGCAAUUGGUCAGGGAAUGGACUACCCCUGCGAGGAAUUGGCUCUACAUGGUGAUAUUAUUUGCGUCACCAUCAAUUACAGGCUUAACAUAUUUGGGUUUCUUACAACGCUGAACGAAAAUGCACCAAGCAACAUUGGACUGUGGGAUCAGCACGAGGCCUUGAAAUGGGUCAAAGAACACAUCUCAACAUUUGGUGGUGACCCAGAAAGCAUUACCAUAUUUGGUGAAUCUGCCGGUGGUUCUAGUGUACAACAUCAAGCAGUGACUAAAUAUAACAUUGGGUUGGUUAAACGCGCCAUCAGCCAGAGUCCGCCCACAUUUAGUAACGGAUUUGCGUUUGCAAGAAAUCCUCUUCGCGCUGCCAAAGAUUUGGCCCGCAAUCUUAAUUGUAACACUUCAGACAAUGAAAACCUCAGCGAUAGUCUGAAGAUGGUGAACUGCCUGCGUUUGACACCCUUGGAGGACCUUGUUAAUAAAUCUAUGGAGUUACUACAACCGGAUAUCAGUAAUGAAGAUGCAGGCACGGUUGGACCAAUAGAAGAUGGUGAUUUUGUACCUUAUGGAAUGAAGGAGUAUUUUUCAGCUUUCAAACCCAAAACCAACAAAGAAAUGGACGAGGCGUUCAAUAAAGUUGAUUGGAUGGUCGGUUCGUUAACAGAAGAGGGGAACCUUUUUCUUCACAUGGCGGCCAUGGCGCAAGAGGCUUAUGGGUACAACAUAACAUCCGGGAUACCAGAGGACAUCAUUAACACGAAACUGGUGAUGCCACUGCUGAAAGGAUUUUUCUCAGAGAACCCAGAAGCGGUAAAAAAACACGUCCAUGACUUUUACACACACAAAACUGACCCAAUUGAAAACACUCUCGCCGCACGUGAUUUUUUCACUGAUAUGAUGUUCCACCAACAUGUUGUAGAAUCAUCCCUGGCCCACUUGAGAUCAAAAACUGACACCCACAAAUCUACCACCUACGCCUACCUCGUCAGCCACGUACUGAGUGGAAAAAGUGUCGUUGACUAUUUAAUGGGCUUCAGUCUGCCAUCUUGGACAAAGGGUGCCGCACACGGGGACGAAAUACCUCUACUCUUCGGAACAAAAAUCGUCAAAGAGGGUGUGGAAUUUGAGUGGUCUGAGGAGGACCAGAUUGCUGCUAAUAUCGUGAUGACAUUUUGGACCAACUUUGCUAAAACAGGAAACCCAAAUCAAGGACUUCCCCUAGAGGGCGUGGCAACAUGGGAGGAGUUCACCAAGGACAAGAAGGGCUACAUCAACAUUGGCAAACAAACUGAGAUGGGAUACGAUUUACUACCAGAGAGGAUGAAGCUGUGGAUGUAUACGAUCCCUGAGGAAAUAGAAAGAGAUCGAAGAAACAAACAAAAGACUGAAUUGUAGAUAAGAUUUUGAAGACAGUGUUAAGAAAGAUACCUGCACAUAAAAGUAACUUUCCAGUAGGUCCCUACUUGAUAUCACGAUAUCUUAAAUAUAUGAUCACGUUUGUUUUACCUCAUAUAAUAUGACUGAAAUACAAUGUUAUUUAUUUUAAAAAAUCAAGAUGAAACUAAAUAAGCCUAUUGAAUCCCCGUCACGUUAACUAAAAAUGAAAAUAGCAUGUAGCACGAAUAUUUACCUUCACUCAAUGCAGCGACGAUUACCUGUCACUUUUAUGCUUGAGAAAAGACAUGUUAGCUUACGAAUUUAUAAUUUUGUUAGAAGUUUGGGAAAAAUCACAUUCAAUACGACACGAUCCACUGCACAGGUAGAAGAAAUUAUUUUAGCUAUUUAUUUUGAAGUUAAGGAGGAAAAAUGUUAUC